AUUCAUAUCACAGAAAUGGGUUUAAAGCGAGAGGAAUUUGGUUUUCUUCUAUUCCAAAGUGUCCAAUAAUCAUUGAUUCAAAAUGGGUUGCGCUGCUAGCAAAACAGCCGUGAUACCUAUUGAAGGAGGCAAAGAUCUCGGAAACGGACACGUCGACGGAAAUUCUGAAGGAGCCAGCGUCCCAAUCGCCGCUGCCAUCCCUUCAAUCGACGACGACAUCAAAAUUUCCGCGCAAACGACGAAAGGACUGGCGUUUGAAGUUCCGAUAACAGACGAGGAAAACCUCAUAAAGAAGCAUCCCCCGAAGAGGCUGCAGAGGCUUGAAGAUCAGCAGAUGCCCAACUUAACGCACAGGCUCCUCGAUGAGAAACAAGCAGAAGCUGAGCAGCGACGACAACAGAUACUUAGUCAGAGAAUCCAGUCUGCUAAAGCUCGUCAAAAAGUGAAAAGGACAUUUAUUGGCUCAGGAGAGAGUAAUGGCCUUUUCAUUGAAAGUAUGCACCAUGAGCCGUCAACAGUUGAACUCUAAAGGACUCAAUGGAAUCACAGCCAUUUUCUUAUAUUGUAAUGGGAAAAAGGGAACCCAAAGCAAAAGAAAGAAGGCACAAUUUUGUUAAUUUCGUAUGGUAUACCAUCAUCUAAUGUCAUAGGUUGCACACCUUUUGGAAAAAAAAAGUGAAAAAAGUACAUUAAUUUAAGAGAAAAUAAUCUAUUUUGUUCUUAACCAAAAGCUGGUAUAAUACUUUAGCACAGCUUUUCUUCCUAAAGAAGUGAAAUGGAAUGAGAAAAAGAUUAUAUUUUUGUGAAAAGUGAUAUAUUGAAAUUGUUGAAUAUAUUCUUGAAAGAGCAUUUAUAUAUUUCUUAUGAAUUGUCCACUGCACUGUUAUCUUUCUUGCAUAACUAAUGCUUACUGUACAUAAUAUUUUUUAUAUCUAAUUUUAUUUUGUAUUUUCUUUUAUAUUAUUGCAAAAAAAUGUUGGCAAACUCAAGUGCCUGAAUUUCAAUGAUGAAAUCGUAUAAAUAAUAGAAAUAUUGAUAAUUCUUAAUAAAAUAACAAUAUUUUCGUAUUGAUUGUUUAGACAAUAAAGAAUAUCAACAUUUAAGAUUUCUUAUUUUCUUAAAUUAUUUAAAAAUUAUUACACGUCAUGCUUUGUAAUAUUUGUAUUGUAAUUGUAAUUGUCAAUGCACUGUAAUUGUAAGGAUUAUGAAUUUUAUUGUGUGUGAUGAAUUCCAGGAUACAUGGAAAAACAAGGGUUGUGAUAAUAAAAUUUGAGACAAUUGAAAAACUUGUUGUAUACUUACCUUCAUAUGCCUCUGGGUGUAACGAGUGUUCAAAUUGUGAAACGAAGCUGGGUGGUCUGUUAGUUGAACUGCUAAAACCAGUUUUGCAAUAUUGGUACAGUGUUUAACAGGACAAGAAACUUGCAGAUUGGCAA